AUAUAUAGGGGGUACCAGUCUUCCUCUAGUUACAGUACGCACCCGUAACUUGCAGUUCAACCAUGCGGUUCAUCAUCUUCUUAGGUCUUCUUGCCACCAGUUUCGCGGUACCGCGGAGCAUAAGCCGCAUAGUCGGUGGCAAGGACACUGACAUAUCGGUCUAUCCCUUUAUGGCAAACAUGCAAUUCUUGGAGGGAGGAUUGUGGUGGAGGACGUAUUGCGGUGGCUCACUUCUCACCAGGACCUCCGUGCUUUCCGCUGCACACUGUUUCUACGGAGAUCAUGUCUGGCAAUGGCGUGUAAUCCUCGGCAGUUCGAUGGCACACAGCGGCGGGACCGUGCACACAAUCAACCGCAUUGUUCUACACCCGCAGUACGACCAUAGUGUUUUCAACUUUGAUGUAGCCAUCGUGCACCUGAACAGCCCAGCCGUUUACUCCGACACCGUGCAGCCCGCUAGCAUCGCUGGAUCUAACUACCACGUCGCCGACGGUACCUCGGUCACUCAUGUAGGAUGGGGCAGACUUUGGUACAUGGGACCAACAAGCGAGCGACUUCAACAUGUUGACAUCAACGUCAUCAAUCAUAAACUGUGUGCUGAGCGUUACGCAUACCUGAAGACGCAGCCACGGUACGAACUCUGGCCCGACGUUACCGACAACAUGAUGUGCGCUGGUAUCUUGAACAUCGGCGGCAAGGAUGCUUGUGGAGGCGACUCCGGCGGACCUCUCCUCCACAACAAUGUUAUCGUCGGAGUAACCUCGUGGGGCUUCCAAUGCGCUGAUCCUUUCUACCCUGGUGUCAGCGCUCGAGUGUCAUAUUUCACCGACUGGAUUAUUGCAAAUGCUUAGAUGCAUUACGGACUAAUUCGGAGCUUUUUACUGUAC